CUUCAAAGCAGAAGUAAGAGCUGGAAGAAAACCUGCCUGAAAGAUGAAAUUUUUAGUGGCUGUACUUCUUGUCGUCUGUAUCUGUAGCACCAAGGGUCAUCCUAUUGAAGAGAUGAAUGAUCUGGACCUGGAUGCCUCAAGGAGCAAAUCUCUAGAGAGGUUCAAUUUUCACAUUACCGAGAAUGGAACAAAAUUUGAACAAAAAAUCUACAUCGACAGGAAAAAACAGCUUGAAUUGUUCAAGUCACCGGCACACAAUGGGAAUCCAGACUCCGAGUAUAUGUUUGACUUUGAAAUGAAUAUGACAGUGAGCCGCAUUAAGGAGAACCGAGUUUGUCACAUUUCUCCACUACCAUCAGACUUACCAAGACCGAAAUCGUUAGCCAAAGGAUUGAACGCGCUGUCUGGAUCAUCUAAGCACAAUAUUCAAAAGGUAGUAAACCAGUGGUCAGUUGGUCCUAAGGUUGACAAAUCAAAAUUGAGGAAGGAAAUUCGCGAUUUCUGUGGCAAGUUCCCAGUCUACCGUCUGGAACCGUUCAGUCUUGACUCGGUUUCCAUUGGAAAAACUGGAAGAUCAAAACGUGCCACCAAAAAGUUCAUUCUUUGCAAUCCAGGAACCCCGAUAGGCUGCAAUCCUAAUGACUGGAAACUUACUUGCAAAGUUCUGCAAAGAGCUGGUACUUGCGUAUAUUAUAUAUAUGGCUGCAGUCUGAAUAAGCUGACAAAACAAUUUGAUUGCAGAAAAAAGCACCAGUAUGACAGUAUAGUUUGCUGUGAUGCAGCAUGCUAAAUUCACGUUGCUAAAUGACUUUGGUUCAACGACUUUAAUAAUUUUUGCAAGGAUAUUAGCAAAGAUUUAAAAAAAUAUGUAGUUCAUUCCAAAGAGCAGUAAAAUGAUAUCAUUUUAAUCUU